GUUAGCUUCAAACAGUUUCGAGCUGCUCUGUAAGAGUUCAUUUCUAUUCAAAGAAGUUGAAAACUAGGGCAAGAAAAAAUGUCAGGGAGAGGAAAGGGAGGAAAGGGUUUGGGCAAAGGCGGGGCAAAGCGCCACCGCAAGGUGUUAAGAGACAACAUCCAGGGUAUCACAAAGCCCGCUAUUCGCCGGCUGGCGCGCCGAGGCGGAGUGAAGCGUAUAAGCGGGCUCAUCUACGAGGAAACUCGUGGUGUCCUCAAGAUCUUCCUUGAGAAUGUUAUUCGCGAUGCUGUUACCUACACCGAGCACGCUCGCCGCAAGACUGUUACAGCGAUGGACGUUGUCUAUGCCCUUAAGAGGCAGGGACGAACUCUCUACGGAUUUGGCGGUUAAGUUCAUAGCGUUAGGGUUUAUAGAUGUAGAUUUAGGGUUUUUUGUAUCAUGUAAACGAUUGCAAUAUGAUCUAUCUAAGAUUCGUGUAUGUUUGUUCUUCCUCACAUGAAAUUGGAUUUUCUACUAACCUCUUUA